GUUUUGAACAUUGGGUCUGAAGCAAAUUUUCGAGAACAGUAUAAAUGUAAUUGUUGACACACAAAGUUCAGUAUAAACUCUGUGCUAGUCUCACUGUUAGUUUGGUUCAUUUUUUGUGUGUGCUAAAGUGCUAAAGUGAUAUCAAGAAUAAAACAAUUCUUCCGUACAUACCAUUUGCAUAAAUAAUUGAAUUCAAUUGUGACAAUGGAACGAUUGAACAUUGUGCUUUUACUAAUUCUCUUGCAGUUUUUGUGUGGUGGUCAAGCGGCAGCACAAUGCAAAGAUAUCGGUCAAUAUUGUACAGCGCAUACGGAUUGCUGUUCGACUAGUUGUCUAUCGUUUUCGUAUAAAUGCGUUGAACGGCACCAGGAACCCGAACAGCUUAAUGAAACUGUUGCAUCUACAACAGAACCUAUAGUUGCAGCAUCCACAAUAAGCGAUAUCGACAAGUUGGCCGAGAGAUUUGAUGGCGAUGAUGCUACGACAAACACGUAUCAAACACGUCCGAAUGAGAUGCCAUCAACAAUGCUUCCUAUUCAAACGGAUCAACCAGUAUCGCAGACAAGCAACGAAAUAGGCCAUAAUGAUAGCAAUUGCCGUUCAAAUGGUUCUUUGUGUAUGAAUUCGAAUCAAUGUUGUUCGAAUUUCUGUUCAAAAAUAACAAACCUGUGCAUUGUCCCAACGCCAGACAGUUUGUCAACGGAACAAAUGACACUUACACGACCAGCGGUCUUGAGUAAUAAACCAGAAGUUACUUGCUAUGAUAUCGGACACAAGUGCUAUGCAACAGCAAACGUUGAAUGUUGUCCGCCACUCCGUUGCCAUGGAUAUCUUCAUAAAUGUGUGACAUAAAACUCUGGAUAAUGUCAUCUAAAGUGGCACACACUCGUAUGCAAUUAAUUUAACCAUUGGGUGAAACAUUAUCUAGUUAACCGGGGGGAGGAAGGUAGAGACAGAGUAUCGGUGAAUUCAGAUUGCAAAUCGAAGAGAAUGCGAGAGUAUUCAACACCGUCAUUCGACAGCAUUCAAAGGACUUAACGGACAAUCAGAUGAAAAUUCAAUUAUCCAGAAAUUAAAUUGUUGCAUAGAAAUAUUACAUCGGCCAUAUGUUAGUUUACACAGAAACGGAGAACAAGGAACAGCAAUCUGUAUUCACUGACUUAUACUUCCAUAGCAAUAAUUGUGUAAAACAUUAUAAAGCUUUGUCUCGUUUUCAACGGGACAUGUCCAAUCACAUUCAUUUUACGUUGCAUACCUAUUUAUUAUUAUUAUUAUUAUUACGGUUUUUCCGUCUAUACUAUUCGAAUUCGUUCGGUUUUAUACUUUAUAAAACAAUUGACUAUAAUUUUCGCUUUGAAUAAAAAAAGAGUGCAUGAGGAAAACCCCAUAGCAUAAAAU